CUUGAAGGGAACGGACCUAUAUAUAAGAAGAAUAAAAAUAUGGGAAUCCGAGGAGCGAAAAGAUUAUUGCAAUCGCAAGCGAAACCAGUGGAUACGACUGAGUUGCGACAGUUCUCCAAGAUACCAGUUGAUAUAUCGCUAGACGGAUUAUCAUUAUUGUACGAAAGUCGUACGCCAGAAAAUCUAAAAGUUACCACUGACUCAUACAACGAUGGUUAUGAUGAAAACUUGAUGGCCGAAUCCACCUACAAGAUGACUUAUAAUUAUGUCAAGGAAAUUCAAUUGCAAUGCCCGGUGAAUAGCGUGAAAAUUUACAUCGAUGGAAUAUCUCCUAGCUUGAAAUCAAAAAAUAUGUCAGCUAAUAGGAAGUUUGACUUAAAUUUGGCCAUUUUGCUCAUGUGCCAGGUAAUAAUUCAACGAUUGCCAUUCAAUGGAAAAAGUAAGGUUGUUAAAUUACCAUUUGGAGAAGCCGAAUAUGAGUGCUUCUUGCGAAGGGACGUAUCGCGACCAAACAUCCUUAGAUCAAGAGACAGUGACCUUUUCCACAUAUGUUAUGGUUAUCAAAAACAAACAGCUAACGAUGCUGUUUUCUACUUCAAUCCUGAUUGGAAAUGCACGGACCUCACAAAAAAAAUCUUGGAUGAAGAUAAAUGCAUGAAGGUGUUCCAAUUAUUUAAUAAUGAGUUUAAAAAUAUGAGCAAGGAAAAUAUAAUAGCCAUAAUGGAGGAAAUAGGAACAGUUAAGCAUCUUUGUCAAAAGUAUCAUGACAAAGAACGGAACAUACAAUCAAUGGUCACCGGAAAAACUAAAUCACAAAGUAUUGAUGGACUAUAUGAAAGUGAAGAUAUAGAGAUGAUUAUCAAAAGUCUAGAGAAAAUAUUGAGGGCAGCUCAAAGAAAAAAUAAAUAUUCGGAAAAUAAUAAUGUUGCUAGCUUAUUUGCAGUCCCUGAAGAUGAUCUGAAAAUAAUAACGUGGAGUGCCAACUAUAGCCUAAUCGGUGCUCGGCUUAUUGGCUAUCAUACAAGGAACAGUGGCUGAGGCUGAGAUUUUGCGAAUAAAUUUAGUGACCGAUCUACAAAGUAUUUUGAUAAUUGGCUUCUGUUCUUAUGCCAAUCUCAAUGAAAUUCAAAAAAAAAAGAUACUUGGAUAAGAUUGCCGACCAUUAUGCUUCGGUUUUCAGUCAUCAGAGGAAACACAAACUCAAACGGCAUCGCCUGAAUGUCUGCAUUAGGACCGAGAGGUUUUUUUUUUAAUUUAUUAUAAAACGUUCAACAAAGGACGUUAAUAUGUUUUGUAAUUUUUUAGUGAAUAAAAAUUAUUAA